AUGGAGGGGAAGGAUCCGGCGGGGGUGUCGCGCUCCGCAAGUCAACAAAUGAAGAAGUGGUGGGCUCUCAGGGCGCCGUGGGGUGUGAGAGGAGGAGUGGUGGGGAACGCAGGCCUGUGUCAGAGCUGUGAGCUGUCGACGAUCCCUGCAUCGCACACGUCUUUGCGCCCUUUUGGCACGCCGCGUCUCGCCAGCGAUCCUGCCUCCGCGCCGUGCGGGAACCAGCCGAGCCACUGCGUGGCGCAGUUCCGGGAAAGCAAGGGAAACCCCGAAGCGGACCGGGCGCCGGUGAGCCACACAAGUAGCGGGCCGGGGCCGGUGAGCCACACAAGAAGCGGGCUGGGGCCGGUGUGCUACACAAAUAGCGGGCCGGGGCCGGCGUGCCACACAAGAAGCGGGCUGGGGCCGGUGUGCCACACAAGUAGCGAGCCGGGGCCGGUGUGCCACACAAUAAGCGGACCGGGGCCGGUGAGCCACACAAGUAGCGGGCCGGGGCCGGUGUGCCACACAAUAAGCGGACCGGGGCCGGUGAGCCACACAAGUAGCGGGCCGGGGCCGGUGUGCCACACAAUAAGCGGACCGGGGCCGGUGAGCCACACAAGAAGCGGGCUGGGGCCGGUGUGCCACACAAUAAGCGGACCGGGGCCGGUGAGCCACACAAGUAGCGGGCCGAGCCGCCACACAAGUAGCGGGCCGGGGCCGGUGAGCCACCCGAGAAGCGGGCUGGGGCCGGUGUGCCACACAAGUAGCGGGCCGGGGCCGGUGAGCCACACAAGUAGCGGGCCGGGGCCGGUGAGCCACACAAGUAGCGGGCUGGGGCCGGUGAGCCACACAAUAAGCGGACCGGGCGCCGCGGACCGGGCGCCGGUGAGCCACACAAGUAGCGGGCCGGGGCCGGUGAGCCACACGAGAAGCGGGCUGGGGCCGGUGUGCCACACAAGUAGCGGGCCGGGGCCGGUGAGCCACACAAGAAGCGGGCUGGGGCCGGUGUGCCACACAAUAAGCGGACCGGGGCCGGUGAGCCACACAAGUAGCGGGCCGGGGCCAGUGAGCCACACAAUAAGCGGACCGGGCGCCGCGGACCGGGCGCCGGUGAGCCACACAAGUAGCGGGCUGGGGCCGGUGAGCCACACAAGAAGCGGGCUGGGGCCGGUGAGCCACACAAUAAGCGGACCGGGGCCGGUGAGCCACACAAGUAGCGGGCUGGGGCCGGUGAACGACACAAUAAGCGGACCGGCCGCCGGUGAGCCACCCAAGUAG